AUGAAGAACAACAUUGUGCAACAUCUACUGAAGAACAACCAAGGUGGUGUUCUUCAAAAAGGAGCAGUGUGUGAGGCAGCCGAAGCUUUUGCUGUCAAUAGGAAGACCAUUUCCAGACUUUGGAAGGCAGCCACAGAGAAGAUGGAGAAUGGAGAACCUGCACACAUGGUUGGAAAAGUUAAAGGAUACAAACGUGGAGAAAAGAAAAAAGUUGAUGAAGUAAAGGUUAGAUCACUCUCUGUCCUUGAAAGAUCCUCCUAUAGGGUGAUGGCACCAAAGCUUGGAGUUAGCAAAACUACAAUUUUUCACAUUGAUGAAAAGUGGUUCUACUUGACAAAAAGUGCGGAUAGGUACUACCUAUUGUCGGAUGAAGAAGAGCCACAGAGAUCAUGCAGAUCAAAGAGAUUCAUUACCAAAGUCAUGUUCUUGUGUGCUGUUGGCAGGCCACAUUUUGGCCCAAAUGGGGAAAGGCAUUUUUCCUUUCACAUAAAUGGUACCAGCACAGAGGAAUUCCAAGAACAGACCAAGAGGCACAUUGGAGACAAAGCUCAUUCCAGCAGUGACACAAGCAGUGACAAGGGAGUGGCUCAUCAACAAGCCAUUCAUUCCAAAUGGCCUACAAGUGCAUCCAAAGAAAUUUACAUUCAACAAGAUAAUGUCAAACCACACAUAAGCACAGCUGAUCCAGAGUUUGAAGAAGCUGCCAACUCAAAUGGAUUCAAAAUCCAAUUGAUUUGUCAGCCACCUAAUUCCCCGGACACAAACAUAUUGGAUCUUGGUUUUUUCAGGGCUAUUCAAUCAUUGAAGGAUAAGAAAGCGUGCAGUAAUGUGGAUGAAUUGUUGCAGAAUGUGAGUAUGGCUUAUGAAGAGUUGACACCACAGACACUGAACAAAGUGUUCCUUACACUACAAAGUGUGUUGUCAGAGAUCUUGGAGGUGCAAGGUGGGAACAAUUACAGAAUCCCCCACAUGAACAAGGAUAGGCUGGAGAGAAUAGGGGCUUUACCCAAUGUGUUGGAGGUGGAAGAAAGGGUGGUGAGGGAUGUGUUGGAGUACCUAGCACUGCCUCAGAAUAAUGAUGGUUCUUCCCAUGAUAUUGGGGAUCUGGCCACUGCAUUUGGCUACUAG